AUGCCUUCCUGGCUACCCUCCAUUCCAUACGGUCCAGAGAAAGAGCAUGGCUUCUGGACUCCUCAUACGGCCACAAUCGACUGGUGCGAAGAGGUAUGGAGAAGAAUGCAGCCCCAAUGACAACAGCUCUAAUGCGAAAUAGAACUACUAUGCUACGCCAUACGCUGCCGAGAUCGUCAACACCUUGACCAACCUGCUCUUCAUGUGGCUGGCAUUUGAGGGCAUGCUCAAUUGCUAUCGCCAUAGUCACGACCGAAUAUUCUUCGUCACGUUCGCCGGCUAUCUGCUCGUGGGAUCCGGCAGCUUCGCCUUCCACGCAACGCUCAAAUAUCCCUGGCAACUCGUCGACGAGCUCUCCAUGAUAUACACCACGUGUCUCAUGACAUGGGCGUCAAUGGAGCACAGUCGGCCUCUAGGGUUCAAAAUCCUCGUCGGCGUCAUCGUGUUUGGACUGGCCGUUUUCAUCACCCUCUACUAUCACUAUCUCCAGGACCCGACCUUCCACCAGAAUGCGUACGCGAUCCUCACGGCUUUCGUCCUGUUACGAUCCAUGUACAUGAUGGAGAUGAACAUUCGUCCGUACUUUAGAAAGAGGCAUGUGGAGCAUGAGAGGGUCCAAAAGAGCAGCUCAGCCUCGGCGGCUGAGAAAGCGGAAGAGCAGAGACAAGACGACAGAGAUCGAUGGAUAUUGAAAAAGAUGUGGACCAUAAUCGCUUUCGGCAUGACGGUAUUCUUGGGUGGCUACGGGAUCUGGAACCUGGACAACAUGUACUGCCAACAGCUUCGCGGCUGGAGGCGGGAGAUUGGCCUGCCUUGGGGCGUUCUCCUGGAGGGACACGGUGAGUCGAAUCUCUUGUCCAGUCCAGCGAGGUCCUCUGAGGUCUAUUUUGCUGACGAGUCUAGGAUGGUGGCACCUUGGAACUGGGCUAGGUGAGCGCCUAACAUUUCUAGUAGACGUACCUGGGUGUUGCUAACAGAAGUGCGACUUUAGGAGCCUAUUAUUACAUCGUUUGGGGAGUGUGGCUGCGACACUGCCUGAACGGACGACAGGAUGAGUACGACCUGCACUGGCCAAGAACCUUCUCUUCGAUACCACGAAUCGUACGCAAACAGCCGGUGCAUCAGAACGGCCUUGCGAAGAAAAUGAAAUAA